AUGCCUAGGUUAUCGGCUCUUCACGACUAUUUGAAACCUUUUCGUAAACUAUCUGGUAUCGUUCGCAAUCAAUCACCUCCUUCAUCACCGUCGUCAUCAUCGCCGUUGUCACCAUCGUGGGGUCUCUGGCUAGUGUCGGCUCUCCAAGGCCACGCGAUCAUCAGUGAUGAGAGGCGUAAGCUGGUCAAUGAUAUCGAACGGAUGACGUUCGACGAGCAGGAACUCUUCAUCGAAUUUCUUAAGACCGGUGUUGCUCCAUCAACUCUAGAGAACAACGCCUGCAAGCAGUUCGUUUGCAACACAUCCGAACUCUGUUGCAUCCUGGAUUCCAAGGACCCACAGAACCUGGUUGUAAUGUGGGAGCAACUUUACCAGCACACGCUUCCGGUGUUGCAAAGUAUCCUGUAUCCCUUGCAGCGUACACGCAGAGACUUCAAUAUCCGUCGAAUAAUUAUCACAAUAUUCCGCGACAAGGUGCUCAGCAGGGUUCUUAGAGAUGUGCAGCAUCGCAUUCCAAUUCUUGAGCCAAUGCUGUUUACAGUACUUCUUGAAACUGAUGGCACCACCCAGCAAGCUAAAGACUUUGCAGUCCUAGCGAGCCUCGUAAUGGGUACUAACGAGAAGCGACCUGCAGAAAGUGACAGUGCCAGAAUUCGAUCCCGAACCUUGCCAUGCAAGCCGGUAAAAAAAGUGACUUGGGGGGAUACCAGGAAAUCAGCGACGUUCAGCAUUUAA